AUGAUGGCGACCGUUUUGAGAAAAGUUAAACUCUGUAAUAAUAAAAACAAAUCGGAUUCGGUGACUGAUGAUAAUAAUAAAAGUGAAAUAGAAAAGGAUAGAGGGGAUAAUGAUGUUUUAUAUAAUAAUAGGAGAAUAAGUCAAAGUUUCGAAGAAAGAGUCGUACCUUGCGGUGGAAGAGUUUGCGGGUUAGUUAAUGUGUGUACAGGACCGGCUGAUUCAAUGGAAAAUCGUCGCCGGAGAAAUCGACCCCAGGGUAGAAGAAACCCUAAUAAUAAUUUGACCUUAUUUCAAAGCUUACAGCUGAGAAUUGAUUUAUGGACGACAAAUACGGGACAUUUAUUAGAUAGAUCUUAUUUUGCUAGAAGGAUUCUCGUUCCACGACAAAAAUUUUUUUAA